AACCCUUCAUAGGGUUUUUAUUAAUUUUCUGAUUUUUCUCUCUCUCUUUCUUUCUCUCUCUCUCUCGUUGUGUCGCCCUUCCAUUGUCGUGACCCCACCACAAAUUCUACUAUACUACUAACACUAUGGACUCCGACGAUGGCUUAUACGAGACCGGCUCGCCGGGGGACGAUGAUUUCUACGGCAGCAGCGACGGUGACGUUACCCACGAAGACUCCGCGAGCGAUGGCGAUGUGGAGGGGGAUCCUGAUUUCAUCGGCGAUGAUGAUCAUGGCGAGGAGAGUAAUUUCAUAAUCUUGAAGGGAGAUGAAAUCCGGCGCCUCAUGGAGGACGAUGUAGCGCAAGUCACCGCCGUUCUGUCGGUGUCUAAGGCGGAGGCCUCCGCCUUGCUCCGCCGCUACAAUUGGAGCGUUAACAGAGUGCACGAGGAGUGGUUCGCGGACGAGGAAAGGGUUCGGAAAGAGGUAGGCCUGAUUUCAUCUCACACUGUAGAGAAAAGCUUCGAGGAUUGUGGAGAAAUUAGCUGUGGAAUUUGUUUCGAUGAUCACUCUCCCGGUAACAUUUAUGCAUCCUCAUGUGGUCACCCUUUUUGUGUUGAUUGCUGGUGUAGUUACAUCGGCAUCGCCGUGGCGGACGGGCCGGGUUGCCUUAACCUCCGGUGCCCCGACCCGUCUUGCAAAAUCGCCGUUAAUCUUGACGCAAUUGAGCGUUUAGCCUCGGAGGAGGAUAAAAGGAAAUACUUACGCUUUCUCUUCCGAUCUUACGUCGAAGAGAAUCGGAAAAUCAAGUGGUGCACCGCUCCCGGUUGCGAAUUCGCGAUCAACUUCGAAAUCGGGAGCGAGAAUUCCGACGUCCUCUGCGACUGCGGCAACUUCUUCUGCUGGAAUUGCACGGAAGAAGCUCACCGCCCCGUGGAUUGCGAGACCGUGAAGAAAUGGAUUCUCAAGAACAACGCGGAAUCGGAGAACACCAACUGGAUUUUGGCGUACACGAAGCCGUGUCCAAAGUGUAAACGGCCGAUUGAGAAGGGGGAAGGGUGUAUGAGGAUGACGUGCAAGGCGCCUUGCAACUUUCAGUUCUGCUGGCUGUGCUUGAGUGAGUGGUCGGUUCACGGCUACAAUCCCUGUAACAGAUACAAGCCGGGGAGUGAAACUGAGAGGCAGAAGAAAAUGGCUAAGAUGUCUAUAGAGAGGUACACGCAUUACUACGAGAGGUGGGCUGCUAAUGAGAAGUCGAAGAAAAAAGCCAUGGAGGACUUGAAAGAAAUGGAGUGUGUGAACGUGGGGAAGCUUAGCGAAUUCCAGUCCCUUCCAGAGUCCCAACUGAAGUUCAUAGUGGAAGCUUGGAAACAGAUUGUUGAAUGCAGAAGAGUGCUCAAGUGGACUUAUGCUUAUGGGUUUUACUUGCCCGAGGAGGAGCACACAAAAAGGCAGUUCUUUGAGUACUUGCAGGGCCAGGCUGAGGAGGGUUUGGAGAGGCUUCAUCAAUGCGCUGAGAAGGAACUUGAGAUCUACCUCAGUCCGGAGGAAGCUAAUUCCCCUAAUUUCUGUGAUUUUCGUAUAAAGCUUAACGGUUUAACAACUGUGACCAAGAACUACUUUGAGAAUUUGGUUAGUGCAUUAGAGAAUGGUCUCGAGGAUGUAGAUUCACAUGGGGCUCCUCAUGACUCCAAAAAUAUGCCUGGCAGCAGCAAUGAAGCACCAAACCCUAAGACGAAUUAUGCAUCAGUUUUUCGUCGCAACAGGGUAGCUGGAGGGAGAAAUUUACUAGCAGGUCGUGGCAUCAAGAUGGAAACACAAAGAAAUUUACCCGUGGCUGGAAACAACACAGCAGGCGCAAGACCAUUGCCCAACUUGACAGCUGCUCUGCAAAAUGCUAACACAACGGUGGCUCAGUAUCCAGAAAGACGGAGGGCAAAGGUAGUGUUUACAACAACCAACUUAGGAGGUGGCACAGGAAAUGGAUCAGUAGCAGUGGGUGGCAAUAGGGUAGGGGUUGAACCAGGACAGAGGCUGAAUUUGGGAAACACUUUACCAGGUUCAACUGGGUACCUAACAGGUGUGGCUGGUGGACUAGUAGCUGGGACUGUCAAUGGUGUUGGAGUUGAACCAAGGCAGAGGACAAACUUGGCAAAUGCAUUGCCAUUGGUAAACGGUCCAGUUGGUGGCAACAUUCAUGGCCUGGGAAAUGGACCAGUGCAUGGUGCUGGCAUUGGGAUAGGCAUUGAACCUAGAGAAAGGGCCGACUGGUGGCUGACUGGGAGCACCAGCAAAGCACACUCCGUGAAUGUACCAAGAGCCGGGAGCACCUAUGGGGUUGAAAAAAGAUUCAGGGAUAGCUCAGAAAGUGCUUUGCCACUCGGCAGCAUUACACCAGAAGUCUUGCAGAAUCCACCAGCACUGGGACUGGGUAGCAACAAUCGGGCAAGUUUGCAAAAUGCACCAGUAGCUGGGUCUGGCGAUGUUUCAAGCUCUAGAAAUACACCAUUAGCAGGGAGCAGCAGCAUUGUUGCAGUUGAGAAAAGACAGAGGACUUCCGCAACAGGAGUAGCAACUAUCAAUCCUAAGAAUGGUGAUUUAGGAAGUUGGGCAUGUGAUCUGUGCACCUAUUUGAAUCCAAGCUCUGCUACUGUGUGCACCAUGUGCAGGGGUGAUGCUUCAGACAACUGGGAAUGUGAUAAAUGCACCUUUGUCAAUGACAAGCAUGCUACCAUAUGCCAAGUAUGUGAACUUCCACGAUAAGUCAUCAACUGACUUUUUCUUACUAGGGGUCUCUGCCAGAGGCAUCUGAAACAUAAAAGGUUGAAGGAUUAGCCCUCAUAAAUAUGAAAUAAAUGCUUUUAGUUACUUAGUUCUUAUUAGUUCUGCUGGAAUCUGGAAUCAAAUGCUUUGGCUGUAAAACAUACAUAAUAGAAGUUUUUCGUAUUGUUUUUCCAGCUAUGUAGAUAACUGCUAAAUAACAACUCGUGGUUCUGUGCCUGUGUAUAUGCAAUUAUAUUUACGGUUAUCUUACCCUGAUUUUACUUGAAUCUGAUUAUUGA